CCUUUACUCAAGUAGAGCGCUUCCGCCUCAGACACUUGGAGCGCUUCGUGAGAGAGUGAGAGCCGCUGAUAGAGGCGCGUGCGCAAUUCGGAGUGGACUCUGGGUAGCCGGCUGCGCGUGGCUGGGGAGGAGAGGCCGGACGCACCUGCGUUUGGGGGUCCUUAGGGAUUAAUGGUUCAUCAAGGGGUAGUGGUACUUGUGUCGUGAGAAUCACUUCAUCAUGCGAAAUCUGAAGUUAUUUCGGACCCUGGAGUUCAGGGAUAUUCAAGGUCCAGGGAAACCUCAGUGCUUCUCUCUCCGAACUGAACAGGGGACAGUGCUCAUUGGCUCAGAACAUGGACUUAUAGAAGUAGAUCCUGUCUCAAGAGAAGUGAAAAAUGAAGUUUCUUUGGUGGCAGAAGGCUUUCUCCCAGAGGAUGGAAGUGGCCACAUUGUUGGCAUUCAGGACUUGCUGGAUCAGGAGUCUGUGUGUGUGGCCACAGCCUCUGGAGAAGUCAUACUCUGCAGUCUCAGCACACAACAGCUGGAGUGUGUUGGGAGUGUAGCCAGUGGUAUCUCUGUCAUGAGUUGGAGUCCUGACCAAGAGCUGGUGCUUCUUGCCACAGGUCAACAGACCCUGAUUAUGAUGACAAAAGAUUUUGAACCAAUCAUGGAGCAGCAAAUCCACCAGGAUGAUUUUGGUGAAAGCAAGUUCAUCACUAUUGGAUGGGGCAGGAAGGAAACACAGUUCCAUGGAUCAGAAGGCAGACAAGCAGCUUUUCAGAUGGAAACGUUUGAGUCUGCUUUGCCCUGGGAUGACCACAGACCACAAAUCACCUGGCGUGGGGAUGGACAGUUUUUUGCUGUGAGUGUUGUUUGCCCAGAAACAGGGGCUCGGAAGGUCAGAGUGUGGAACCGCGAGUUUGUUUUGCAGUCAACCAGUGAGCCUGUGGCAGGACUGGGACCAGCCCUGGCUUGGAAACCCUCAGGUAGUUUGAUUGCAUCUACACAAGAUAAACCCAACCAGCAGGAUAUUGUGUUUUUUGAGAAAAAUGGACUCCUUCAUGGACACUUUACACUUCCCUUCCUGAAAGACGAGGUUAAGGUAAAUGACUUGCUCUGGAAUGCAGAUUCCUCUGUGCUUGCAGUUUGGCUGGAAGACCUUCAGCGAGAGGAAGGCUCCAUUCCAAAAACCUAUGUUCAGCUCUGGACUGUUGGAAACUAUCACUGGUAUCUCAAGCAAAGUUUAUCCUUCAGCACCUGUGCAAAGAGCAAAAUUGUAUCUUUGAUAUGGGACCCUGUGACCCCGUACCGGCUUCAUGUUCUCUGUCAGGGCUGGCAUUACCUCUGCUAUGAUUGGCACUGGACAACUGACCGGAGCUCAGGAGAUAAUUCAAGUGACUUGUCCAAUGUGGCUGUCAUUGAUGGAAACAGGGUAUUGGUGACAGUCUUCCGGCAGACUGUGGUUCCGCCUCCCAUGUGCAGCUACCAACUGCUGUUCCCACACCCUGUGAAUCAAGUCACAUUCUCUGCACACCCUCAAAAGAGUAAUGACCUUGCUGUUCUAGAUGCCAGUAACCAGAUUUCUGUUUAUAAAUGUGGUGAUUGUCCAAGGGCCGACCCUACAGUGAAACUGGGAGCUGUGGGUGGAAGUGGAUUUAAAGUUUCCCUUAGAACUCCUCAUCUGGAAAAGAGAUACAAAAUGCAGUUUGAGAAUAAUGAAGAUCAAGACGUAAACCCACUGAAACUAGGCCUUCUCACUUGGAUUGAAGAAGACGUCUUUCUGGCUGUAAGCCACAGUGAGUCCAGCCCCCAGUCUGUCAUUCACCAUUUGACUGUAGGCCCUUCUGAGAUGGAUGAAGAGCAGGGACAGCUCAAUGUCAGUUCAUCUGCAACGGUGGAUGGGGUGAUAAUCAGUCUAUGUUGCAAUUCCAAGACCAAGUCAGUAGCAUUACAGCUGACUGAUGGCCAGAUAUUUAAGUACCUUUGGGAGUCACCUUCUCUGUCUGUUAAACCAUGGAAGAACUCUGGUGGAUUUCCUGUUCGGUUUCCUUAUCCAUGCACUCAGAUCGAAUUGGCCAUGAUUGGAGAAGAGGAGUGUGUCCUUGGUCUGACUGAUAGGUGUCGUUUUUUCAUCAAUGACAUUGAGGUUGCAUCAAAUGCCACGUCAUUUGCAGUGUAUGAUGAGUUUUUGUUGUUGACAACCCAUUCCCAUACCUGCCAGUGUUUUUGCCUGAGGGAUGCUUCAUUUAAAACAUUACAGGCCAGUAUGAGCAGCAGUCAUGUGUCCAAUGGGGAAGUUCUUCGGAAAGUGGAAAGGGGUUCACGGAUUGUCACUGUCGUGCCCCAGGAUACAAAGCUUAUAUUACAGAUGCCAAGGGGGAACUUGGAAGUUGUUCAUCAUCGAGCCCUGGUUUUAGCCCAGAUACGGAAGUGGUUGGACAGACUUAUGUUUAAAGAGGCAUUUGAAUGCAUGAGAAAACUGAGAAUCAAUCUCAAUCUGAUUUACGACCAUAACCCUAAGGUGUUUCUGGAAAAUGUGGAAACCUUCAUUAAACAGAUAGAUUCUGUGAAUCAUAUUAAUUUGUUUUUUACAGAAUUGAAAGAAGAAGAUGUCACAAAGACCAUGUACCCGCCACCAGUUAGCAGCAGCGUCCAUCUGUCCAGGGAUGACGGGAAAAAACUAGACCUUGUCUGUGAUGCUAUGAGAGCAGCCAUGGAGAACAUAAAUCCCCAUAAGUACUGCCUAUCCAUACUUACAUCUCAUGUGAAGAAGACAACCCCAGAACUGGAAAUUGUACUGCAGAAAGUACACGAGCUUCAAGGAAAUACUUCCUCUGAUCCAGAUGCUGUGAGUGCUGAAGAGGCCCUGAAAUAUUUGCUGCUUCUGGUAGAUGUUAAUGAAUUAUAUGAUCAUUCUCUUGGCACCUAUGACUUUGAUUUGGUCCUCAUGGUAGCUGAGAAGUCACAGAAGGAUCCCAAAGAAUAUCUUCCAUUUCUUAAUACACUUAAGAAAAUGGAAACUAAUUAUCAGCGGUUUACUAUAGACAAAUACUUGAAACGAUAUGAAAAAGCCAUUGGCCACCUCAGCAAAUGUGGACCUGAGUACUUCCCAGAAUGCUUAAACUUGAUAAAAGAUAAAAACUUGUACAAGGACGCUCUGAAGUUAUAUUCACCAAGCUCACAACAGUACCAGGAUAUCAGCAUUGCUUAUGGGGAGCACCUGAUGCAGGAGCACAUGUAUGAGCCAGCGGGACUCAUGUUUGCUCGUUGCGGUGCCCACGAGAAAGCGCUCUCAGCCUUUCUGACGUGUGGCAACUGGAAGCAAGCCCUCUGUGUGGCAGCCCAGCUUAACUUUACUGAAGACCAGCUGGCUGGCCUUGGCAGAACUCUGGCAGGAAAGCUGGUUGAGCAGAGGAAGCACAUUGAUGCAGCCAUGGUUUUGGAACAGUAUGCUCAGGAUUAUGAAGAAGCUGUGCUCUUGCUAUUAGAAGGAGCUGCCUGGGAAGAAGCUUUGAGGCUGGUAUACAAAUAUAACAGACUGGAUAUUAUAGAAACCAACAUAAAGCCUUCCAUUUUAGAAGCCCAGAAAAAUUAUAUGGCAUUUCUGGACUCUCAGACAGCCACAUUCAGUCGCCACAAGAAACGUUUAUUGGUAGUUCGAGAGCUCAAGGAACAAGCCCAGCAGGCAGGUCUGGCUGAUGAGGUACCCCACGGCCAAGAGUCUGACCUCUUCUCUGAAACUAGCAGUGUUGUGAGUGGCAGUGAGAUGAGUGGCAGAUACUCCCAUAGUAACUCCAGGAUAUCAGCGAGAUCAUCUAAGAAUCGCCGAAAAGCGGAGCGGAAGAAGCACAGUCUCAAAGAAGGCAGUCCGCUGGAGGACCUGGCCCUCCUGGAGGCACUGAGUGAAGUGGUGCAGAACGCUGAAAACCGGAAAGAUGAAGUAUACCAUAUUUUAAAGGUACUCUUUCUCUUUGAGUUUGAUGAACAAGGAAGGGAAUUACAGAAGGCCUUUGAAGAUAUACUGCAGUUGAUAGAAAGGUCAAUUCCAGAAAUUUGGACUCUUACCUACCAGCAGAAUUCAGCUACCCCCGUUCUAGGUCCCAAUUCUACUGCAAAUAGCAUCAUGGCUUCUUAUCAACAACAGAAGACUUCAGUUCCUGUUCUUGAUGCUGAACUUUUUAUACCACCAAAGAUCAACAAAAGAACUCAGUGGAAGCUGAGCCUGCUAGACUGAGUGACCGCAGUUAGGAGGGCUCCGACAGAGAAGACCAUUUCCAUUCAUUCCUGUUGUCGUAUCACCACUUGCUUUUUGAGGCCUGGGUACUGAGAACUGGAAAGAGUAAGAUGGUAACUUACCUUAGCAUUGCCAAGAACGGCUGUGUGCACCAGACCGACAGCAAGCAAUUCUAUUUAUUUUAUUUUGUGUAUGCAUCUUAAUCAUUAGGAAGACAUUAAGCUUGCUAAUGUCUUGCUUAACCAGUAUAGCAUCAUUUUGUGAGAAUUGUUGGUCUUUCGCUUGGGCUGUUUGAGAGCAUAAUUAUGGUAAUCAUGAGAUUGGGUUUCCUUCCCAGCUACAGGUCUGAUUCAAAUUGGGACCUUGGACAAGUCACAGUAAUUGAUUUGUGCCUCUGUUCUUCAUCGAUUAAUUGGAAAUAAUGUUUCACGGUUUCUACCUCAAAAGUGCGAAGACAAGUAAUGUUUGUAAAUUGUCUUUUUUUAUUGGAGGAGAAGAUUACAAUGGCUAUUAUUGCUACAUUUGGUCAAAUGUAAUCACACUUAAAUGGCUUCUUGUCACCUUAAACUAAAGCAAAAUAAAAAGCAUCCUUUGAAAUUAUAAGCCCUCUUUUGCUAACAGCUGUUAUUCUGUAACACCAUACUAGGUCAUAUGCUUUCAGUUAUAACUGGGCUGAGCCUCCUAUAAUUACAAUGCCUAUAGGGACUGUUUUACUGCCUGUGUAUUUUCUGUUAGAGAGUUAGCAGUGUUAGAGCUUGAACAGAUUAGAAUUUCUAAACAGUAUCAUGCACAUUUGGUGUGAGUGAUCAGUGUGCAUUGUAUGGCAUGCAUGGUUGUGAAUUCUUCUCUGUUCUCCAAAUACUGCUUUCUUUAACUCAGAUAUUUUUGUUAGUCUAGUUCACUUCAUUUAUUUUUCUUUGUAGUACUUACCUGUCUUUUAUACAGUUCUCCACCCCCC